GGCACGCCCUCACCUGAAGGCGCGUCCUGCGCGCCCUCGGAAGGGGGGGCGAGGCCAGUGAGGAAGGGUAGAGGCGUCCCGCCGAGCCCCGGCUGUUGCCCGCAGAGACCGACGCCGGGAGCCCCGGGCCGGCUGAGGCGGGGGCUCGGUGCCUCCGGGCCCGCGUGGGCCUGGCCGCCAGUCCGGGGCUUCACCUCCCGAGCGAGGCGCUACUGACAGAAAAAGAAGAGGGGGAGUAGGGGCCCGGAUCAGCUGGACAGCUAGGGCGGGGCAAGGAGGGAGGGUCCUGCUCCGCGGCCCCCUCCCCGGGACUAGCUGGGCCUGAGGGGAGGGGCCCCCUUUCUCCUCUCUACCUCCCGGGGCCGGAGUCUGCGGGGGAUGGCAUUGCCCACGAGAACCCAGGAUGGAACUAGGCCUGUGCCCGGCCCCGAGAACACCCGGCCCUCCUCCUGUGCCCCUCUGAGACAGCCUUGAACUGGAAGCGUCCCCCACUGGGGGCCAUUAAACUGCACAGAAGAAUCCCUGUAGGCUGCAUAUUGACUUAGGAAACCACAUAUUGACAUUAUCUCUGUUCUAUUUUACUUUUGUUUAUUUGGAUUUGGAGGCUCUCCUUUCCAAGCCCCCAAACCUUCAUCUCCAACCUCCCAUCGGAGCCCUGAAGGCACAGAAUGUCUGUGAAAUGCCUGAGAUGGAGCCUCUGGCUACUCUGCUUCCUCACGGUCGCUAUGCUCUGGUACCUCAACCUCCCCUCCUACACCGUGAUCGAGAACCUCAACUGGAUGUAUUUCUACGAGUACAAGCCCAUGAACCAUUCGGAAUUCACCUUCACGCUCCGGGAGCGGGAGACUUGCUCCGAGCGCAGCCCGUUCCUCGUCAUCCUGGUGACCUCGCGCUCCGCGGACGUGGAAGCCAGGCAGGCCAUCCGCAUAACUUGGGGUGCGAAGAAGUCCUGGUGGGGGCAAGAAGUCCUGACGUACUUUCUGUUAGGCCAACAGACGGAGCCGGAAGAGAACCUUUUGGCCUUAUCCGUCCAGGACGAAAGCAUUCUUUACGGCGAUAUCAUCCGUCAAGACUUCAUAGACUCGUACAAUAACCUGACCUUAAAGACCAUUAUGGCCUUCAGGUGGGUUACAGAGUUUUGCCCCACAGCCCAGUACGUAAUGAAGGCCGACUCGGAUGUUUUUAUCAACCCUGGAAACUUAGUAAAAUAUCUUUUGACCCACAACCAGUCUGAGAACUUCUACACGGGCUACCCUCUCAUAGAGAACUUUUCUAAUAGAGAAUUCUUCAAAAAAACAUACAUUUCCUACCAAGAGUAUCCGUUUAGGAUGUUUCCCCCCUACUGCAGUGGUCUAGGCUACGUGCUGUCUGGAGACCUGGUUUCCCGAGUUUAUGGCAUGAUGGCGCACGUCAGACCCUUCAGGUUCGAAGACGUGUAUGUCGGGAUCGCUCUGAGCAUCUUAAAAGUGGACGUCCAUCUCCCUGAGUCCGAUGACCUCUUUUUUUUGUACCGGAUUAAGUUUAAUGUCUGCAAAUUCCAGCGUUUGAUUGCAGCCCAUGACUAUUCUCCCAAGGAACUAAUCCAGUAUUGGCAGCUCGUGCAGAAGGAAAGCAGCUGUUGACCCUCCAUCCUGCGGUGACCACGUCCAAGACUUUGCAGAAAGCCCGUGAGGUUGGCCUGGGAGCUUGCCAACGGAGGGUCCUUUCAAAGGCGGGGCUUGUCCCGGCACCCACGUGGCUUUCACGCCUUCGGAUCCCACCCCUCCUUGCAGGGGCCACCUCCUGUGUCACUGAUUUUUGCUUUUGAGGUUGACAGCGCAGAAGAGUUGUCUUGUGAUACUCUUAAAAUAAAGAGAUGAGUACUAAAAAAAAAUCUCCUUAGGAGGAAAAUGAUAGAUUUUGCCAACCACACACAAAAAAAAGGCCUAAAGAUCUGAACGUGUCAUGGAAAAUUUUACUAGUAGGUCCUUCAUAAAAUUCUGGUUUAUUUAUAUUAGACUUAUUCAGGACUACUGGUAAAAAUGAGAUUAUUUGGGAGAAAACAAACUUUAAGGUUAAAGAAGAGUGUUGCUAUAGAUGGAUUAACCAUUUUUGAAGAGUUGUAAUACCUUAAACACUUACUGUUGCACUGAAUAUAAUUAAAUUCUUUUUCUUCACAUGAAAAGCUUCAGUAUGGCCUCUGUAACAGACCAGGCUGGCUUAUUAUGGGAAAGCACAUCACCCAUAGCCUGGUUGCUUAACGAUGACAUUAUUUUGGCCAAACAUAGGAAACACAGGCACUCUGUGUCAUUGAAGAGAAUUAAGGUUAGGAUUUUAUUUGAGUUGUUUAUAGAUAGGACCCUCUAAUUUUGCAUUUAAAAAUAGUGGUCCAUAGACAUUUAAAUGCCCAAGCCAGAAGACAUUUGAACUUUCAGUAUCCAACAGUCAUUAUUAGGAUCUUCGUUUAUUAUAUCGGUAGUACAGACAUGUACUUCUGCUCUUUCAGGAUAAAUUUGGGCUCUUUGGAGUUGGAUCGCUUCUCAACCAACUUUUCAUGGUGCACACUUUACCAAUGGGAAAUGGAUGAAUGUGAACCCCUUGAAGGCACCCAGACGUGGUUCCAUUUUUGUUCUUGCCUCCCCAGAGUUAGUCCCUGGCUCAUGCUAAGACCUCAUUAAUUGCUAAUCAUUUGGGCGUUACAGCAUAAUUUGGAGUUCAGAAAAUAUUUUUUCAUGUGUAGAGGUAUUGGAUAAUAUAUAUAUAUAUGUAGAUGGAUAUUGAAUUAUGUCUUGUUUUUGGAAAUACUUCCUUUAUGUUUUUUAAAUUUUAUUUUAAAAGAAAUAAAAUUUUAUUGCUUUCAUGUACAAAUAGCACCUAGAAAGGGCUAAUAAAGUUUUUGCAAAUAGAUAAGUGACUUGCUUUAGUGAAAAGACAUAUGUUAAUAGGCAGAUGAACUAAUGAUAAAUGGGUAUUUCGAAAGUGCUUGAUCAGAUGUGAAAAACAUCUUACUCUUAAUGGCAGAGCCAGACAACUGCUAGACAGAAAGCUGCAUAGAUUGUCAGAUGUGAUCUCCAGAGUGGAUAUUCUGGCUUAAUUAUUUUAGUUCUGGGCACACAGUGGGGCUUAAUAAAUGCUUGUGUUCUUUAUUC